UUUGCUGGAGCAAAACUUUCCGAUCAAUCUGUUUUCUGAGUGUGAAUCUGUUGAAUGUGCUCCAAUUAUGAUUUAUCCAUUUAUUUUUCACGAUAAUUCUGUCAUUUGUCUCAUCAACCGACUUUAAUCAUGGUUUUAAUCUGUGCCUCUUGAUUACCAAGUAGAACUCCUUUUUUUCUACUAUGAGGAUCGUGCUUUUCUACCAACAAAUUUACCUUCAAUUUAAUGUACAUAAAUUAUUUGUUCAAGCUUUAUUACUUCUCUUGUCAUUAUAUCACAAAGUUGAUCCUUCAUUGUUUUAUUAACACCAUAGUUUACUUGCACCUUUUUAUCAAAAUCAUCUUCUCCAUAAUUACUCUUUACUGUCACCAUCUUUUUAUCUACUUUUGUCAUCAAACUGUGAUUUUGAUUCUUUCUUUUCAUGGUUCUUAAUGGUUACUCUCCUAUCGCAGAGAAUGAGCGACGGAUUCGCGCCAAUGACUCAUAUUUUAAUUCCAGAUUUAAUUAUGCGAAUAAUUACAUAAAAACCUCAAAGUACAACUUGUUCACGUUCAUUCCUGUCAAUCUUUUCGAGCAAUUUCGUCGCUUAGCCAAUUUUUAUUUCCUUUGUCUUCUCAUUCUUCAGCUCAUACCAUUGAUAUCAUCGCUCACAUGGUUGACCACUGCUGUGCCUCUUAUUGUGGUCCUUGCUGUUACUGCAAUCAAAGAUGCUAUUGAUGAUAUUCAAAGACAUCGAAGUGAUAAUCAAGUUAACAAUCGUAAUUCCAAGGUUUUACGAAAUGGCAAACUUGUUGAUGAAAGAUGGCAUAAAGUUCAAGUUGGUGAUAUAAUUCGUAUUGACAAUGACAAUUUUGUUGCGGCAGACUUGCUUCUUCUAUCUACUAGUGAACCCAAUGGGUUAUGCUAUGUUGAAACAGCCGAACUAGAUGGAGAGACUAAUUUAAAAUGUCGCCAAGCAUUACCUGAAACAGCUGAGCUGUUGGAUGAUACCAAUUUAUUAUCCAAAUUUGACGGUGAAAUACGAUGUGAACCACCAAAUAACAAUUUAACCAAAUACGAGGGAACUUUACUUUGGAAGAAGCAAACAUUUCCAUUGGACAAUGAUAAAAUGCUAUUGAGAGGUUGCGUUCUUCGCAAUACAAAAUGGUGCUUUGGGGUUGUCGUUUUUGCUGGUCGGGAUACAAAAUUGAUGCAAAACAGUGGAGUUACGAUAUUCAAAAGAACUAGUCUUGAUAGAUUGUUGAAUUUGUUGAUUUUAGGGAUAGUUUUCGUGUUGAUUAGUAUGUGCCUGUUUUGUACCAUUGCGUGUGGCUUUUGGGAAACUGUUACUGGUCAACAUUUUCGAGGAUUUUUACCUUGGGAUAAAAAAGCUGUUCCUCAGGAAGAUCCAACCAGUGGUGCUACAAUAAUUGCUAUUCUAGUCUUCUUUUCGUAUGCAAUUGUUUUAAACACUGUGGUACCCAUUUCUUUAUAUGUUUCAGUUGAGGUCAUUCGCUUUUGUCAUUCCUUGUGGAUCAAUUGGGACCAAAAGAUGUAUUAUCCGGUUACAGAUACACCAGCAAAAGCUCGGACGACCACUUUGAAUGAAGAAUUGGGUCAAAUUGAAUAUAUCUUCUCCGAUAAGACAGGAACCUUGACACAGAAUAUAAUGACUUUUAACAAAUGUUCCAUUGCUGGUCGAUUGUAUGGUGAAGUUAUUGACGAAGAAUCUGGUGACAUAUUGGAAAUCUCAGAAGAUAUGAGUCCAGUUGAUUUUUCAGCCAAUCCUCAUUAUGAAUCUUCAUUCCGUUUUUAUGAUCAAACAUUGUUGGAUGAUGUUAAUUCUGGAAAAAAAGAUGUUCAUGAGUUCUUUCGUCUUCUCGCCUUAUGUCAUACUGUUAUGUGCGAAGAAAAAGAUGGAAGCUUAGAAUAUCAAGCUCAAUCGCCUGAUGAAGCAGCACUAACCGCAGCAGCUCGAAAUUUCGGUUUCGUUUAUAAGAGCAGAACUCCCAAUUCCGUUACAAUUGAAGUUCUUGGGGAAACCGAAGAGUACGAAUUGAUUGCCAUUUUGGAUUUUAACAAUGUUCGUAAGAGAAUGUCUGUGAUAAUCAAAAAAGAUGGAAAGAUAACUCUAUAUUGCAAAGGUGCUGAUUCUGUGAUAUUCGAAAGGUUACAUGCUAAUUGCGAGGAUGUUAGACAGGAAACUCUAGAGCAUCUCAAUCGAUUUGCUAGUGAAGGACUUCGAACAUUAUGUCUAGCAAAAAAGGAGUUGGACGAAGAGACGGUUGAGAAGUGGAAAGCACAGCUCCAUGAAGCUGCUACAAGUUUAGUCGAUCGGGAAGACAAAGUUUCUGCCGUUUAUGAAUUGAUCGAAAAGGAUAUGAUGUUACUUGGAGCAACUGCCAUCGAAGACAAACUCCAAGAAGGUGUUCCUCAAUGUAUUGCCAAUCUUUCUGCGGCCAACAUAAAAAUUUGGGUUUUAACCGGCGAUAAACAAGAAACUGCCAUCAACAUUGGUUACUCUUGUCAAUUGUUAACUGAUGAAAUGGUUGAUAUAUUUAUUAUUGAAGGUUGGGAAUAUGAUGAAGUUGAACAAGAAUUAUUGCGUUGUAGAGAAAGUAUUCGCAAUAUUUCAGCUCAAGGUAAAGUCGGUGGAGCCUGUUCUGUAGUUACCUUUAGUGAUGCCAGUGAUGUAACCCACGUGUCUCCAGGCAACAAUGUUUCCGGAGGUAAGCCAUGGGCUAAUCAAAAGGUGGAUCAUGUUGAUGGUAAAGGCGAUCAUCAUAACAAUCAUCAAAAUCAAUCUCACCAUCAACAACAUUUAGGAACUGGAAUUGAAGAGCUUGUCGGUAAAGAUGGAGGAGCUUUUGGUGGGUUUGCUUUGGUUGUUAAUGGUCAUAGUUUAGUUCAUGCUCUUCAACCACAAAUUGAAUUACUCUUCCUUGAAGUUGCAUCAUGUUGUCGAUCUGUUAUUUGUUGCCGAGUAACUCCAUUGCAAAAAGCUCUUGUUGUUGAUCUUGUUAAAAGGCAUAAAAAAGCUGUUACUUUGGCCAUUGGAGAUGGUGCCAAUGAUGUUAGUAUGAUUAAAAUGGCUCACAUUGGAGUUGGCAUUAGUGGACAGGAAGGAAUGCAAGCGGUUUUAUCGUCAGAUUUUGCAUUGGCUCAGUUUCGUUUUUUAGAAAGGCUGUUGCUAGUUCAUGGUCGUUGGUCAUACUAUCGUAUGGCCAAAUUUUUAAGAUACUUUUUCUAUAAAAAUUUUGCCUUUACUCUUUGCCAUUUCUGGUACGCAUUUUUCUGCGGUUUCUCGGCUCAGACUCUAUAUGAUCCUGUUUUCAUAUCAUUCUACAAUGUCUUCUAUACAUCCCUGCCAGUCUUAGCUCUUGGUAUAUUCGACCAAGAUGUGGACGAUCGAAUGUCGAUCCGGUAUCCUUUAUUAUAUACCCCAGGUCAUGGUGAUCUCCUGUUCAACAAAAUUGAGUUCUUAAAAAGUGUGGCUCAUGGUAUUAUCACCUCAUUUGUUUUAUUUUUCAUCUCUUAUGGGGCUUUCAGAGAAGCAAUUGGACCAGAAGGUAUUAACUAUGAUGGGCACCAAAUUUUUGGUACAGUCGUUUCAACGAUUCUCGUUUUAGUGGUAACAGCACAGAUUGCCUUGGAUACCGCUUAUUGGACUGUAUUUAAUCAUGUUGUUAUUUGGGGAAGUGUGGCCUUUUAUUUUGCUAUGACACUUUUCAUUAAUAGCAAUUUUAUCCGCAAUCAAUAUCUUGGCUGCCUACGAACUGCGCUAAGCACGGGACAAUUUUGGUUUACAUUAUUUUUAACACUGGUUAUCCUUUUAAUUCCAGUGAUUGCAUCUCGUUUCUAUCAAGUUAAUGUACAUCCAACUCUGAGUGAUCGAUGUCGAUUAAAACAAAGAUUGACUCGAUUAAAGAUUAAACCCAUCGAACCCAUCACACGACGUAGAAGCUCAGUUCGCCGAAGUCGACGAUCUGUGAGAUCGGGUUAUGCAUUCGCCCAUCAAGAAGGUUUCGGUAGAUUAAUUACAAGUGGUAAACUUGUUCAAAAGCCAAGUAUUAAAUCAAACACUGGUACCAAUACGCUAAACAGUGUACGAUCAUCCAUUGAAGUUCCAAGUCAAGUGAUGCCAAAUCAAGCCAAUAUCUCAUCAUCAACACAUAAUAUGAAAGCUUCCUCAUCUUCUCGAGUACAACCUAAACAUAGUGGACCCUCUCCUAUUCAAAUUUAAACACAUUCUCAUUGAUUUGUCUCAUUUUUAUAAUUUUAUUUUCUCUCAUUCCUCGCCUUUCUUUUUUCAAUUUGCGUCUUUCUCAUUGUUAAUGUUAACAGUUAACAAAUUGUUAUCACUUGUUAAAAUCUCUCUUCUCAUCUAAUUGUGUACAUCUAUUGAUUUUUAUCUCUUUCUCUCUCUCUCUCUUUGUUCAACUCAGUCAUGUCAUUUUCAAUCACUCAAAAUUCAUCAUUUUUUCAUAUUUUUUCUUCCUUGAUCUUCAUUGGAAAAAAAGUAUUUACUGUUAUUACUGAAAAUUUUCAUCACAUGUUAACUUAAUCAUCGAAAAAUCUUUAGAAAAUGUUAUCAAAUUCUUUUUAAAUAAGAUUACUAGUUUUUCAUGAGGUCAAAGAUAUUAAAAUAUACCUUGCGAA